CGGAAGUCGUCACCGGCUUGAAUGGGAAGGUCAGUCACAGCUGCAGGUGGGUGUGCAUGCGCUUUAUGCCCGCUGUUCCUGACGCAUGCGCCUGUCAGCCUUGGCUGGCCGGUGCAUGUCCGCUGAAUUGUGAGGCCCGGGUUCUGGGCUCUGCCGUGGUGGAGAAAUGCUGUGCCGGCUUGGCGGUCGGUGGCUGCGGCCACUCCCUGCCCUGCAGCUUCGGGCGGGGUACCCGCCGCUUGCACCGGUUCCUACGACCGGUGCCAAGCGCCCCACUCUCCCAGUGUGGGCAGUGGCACCAGUCUCUGCAGUAGAUGGGAACGGCUGGUACGAGGCCCUGGCCGCUUCUUCGCCGGUGCGGGUUGCGGAGGAAGUACUGCUCGGCGUGCACGCCACCACGGGACUGCCCUGGUGGGGUGGCAUUCUGGUCUCCACAGUGGCCUUGCGGGGCGCAGUCACGCUGCCCUUGGCUGCCUACCAGCACUACAUCCUGGCCAAGGUGGAAAAUUUGCAGCCAGAAAUAAAAGCUAUUGCCAAGCAUCUUAACCAAGAAGUUGCAGUUCGUGCAAGUCAGUUGGGGUGGUCCAAAAGAGUUGCCAGGCUCACGUAUCUAAAGAACAUGAAGAGGCUAGUUUCAGAGAUAUAUGUGCGAGAUAACUGCCACCCUUUCAAAGCCACUGUGUUGGUUUGGAUUCAGAUUCCAGUAUGGGUCUUCAUGUCUGUUGCUCUCCGGAAUUUUAGCACAGGGGCAACGCAUUCAGAAGGUUUUUCUGUUCCGGAACAGUUAGCUACUGGCGGGACUCUGUGGUUUCCUGACCUCACUGCACCGGACUCCACUUGGAUUCUGCCUAUCUCUGUUGGUGUCAUCAAUUUAUUAAUAGUGGAGAUUUAUGCUCUACAAAAAAUUGGAAUGUCUCGUUUUCAAACAUAUAUUACAUACUUCGUCCGUGCAGUGUCGGUGUUGAUGAUUCCAAUUGCUGCAGCGAUGCCCUCAUCACUUGUUCUCUACUGGUUAUGCUCCAGUUUCAUGGGCCUUUCACAGAACUUGCUGCUGCGUUCUCCUGGAUUUCGCCAACUUUGCCGAAUACCAUCAACCAAGUCAGAUUCAGAAACUCCUUAUAAAGACCUAUUUGCUGCCUUUUAUAGCAAGUUCAUUUCAAGAAAGUGACAUGUUUUCCAAUAAUUUUGAAACAGUUGCAAGAGUCACUAUCACCUUAAUGUAUUUAGACUUAGAAAUUCAGGUAUUAUUUGAUUUGCCUUUAUUUAAAAUUAUGAACUUCAUGAAAUAUCAUAGGUUAAGUUGUAAUCCAGGCCAGGUAUGGUGGCUCAUGCGUGUAAUCCCAGCACUUUGGGAGGCCAAGCUAGGUGGAUCACCUGAGGUCAGGAGUUUGAGAAUAGCCUGGCCAGUGUGGUCAAAUCCCGUCUCUACUAAAAAAUACAAAAAAAUUAGCUGGACGUGACGCUGGGCCCCUGUAAUCCCAGCUACUCGGGAGGUGAGGCAAGGCAAGAGAAUUGCUUGAACCUGGGAGACACAGGUUGCAGUGACCUGAGAUCGCCCUUUUGCACUCUAGUCUGGGCAACAAGAGCGAAACUCUGUCUCAAAAAAACAAAACAAAAAAAAGCUGUAAUCCAGAUAUAUUUGACUGUAGUUAAAAUCUUUUAAAUGCUAUAAAUGCAGUACGUUUAAUUGUGAAAGUAUUAAACUAGAACCAAAGUGCCUGUCUCUGUUUAUAAAGUUAACAGUUUGUUAGGGCUGCCAGAACUUUGGAGGAUAGUGUUAGCUACUGAAUGAUGUCAAAUUAAACUAAACAAUACUGCAUAUUACUGUUUUGUGAAGUAAAAGGAUCAGUGAGAUGACUUUUUUUUUCUUUUUUGAGAUGAAGUCUCACUCUGUCUCCCAGGCUGGAGUGCAGUGGCACAAUCUCAGCUCACUGCAACCUCCACCUCCUGGAUUCAAGCUAUUCUCUCUCCUGCCUUAGCCUCUGAGUAGCUGGGAUUGCAAGUGCACACCAUCACCUCCAGCUAAUUUUUCUAUUUUUAGUAGAGAUAGGGUUUUACCAUAUUGGGCAGGCUGGUCUGGAACUCCUGACCUCAAGUGAUCUACCUGUGUUGGCCUCCCAAAGGGCUGGGAUUACAAGUGUGAGCCACUGUGCCCAGCGUUUUUUUUUUUUUUUUAAAUGAGACAGAAUCUCUGUCACACAGCACCCAGGCUGGAAUGCAGUGGCACGAUCUCGGCUCACUGCAAACUCUGCCUCGUGUUCAAGCAGUUCUCCUACUUCACCGUCCUCAGUAGCUGGGGCUACAGGUGUGUACCACCAUGCCCAGCUAAGUUUUGUAUUUUUAAUAGAGACAGGGUUUGACCAUGUUGGCCAGGUUGGUCUCGAACUUCUGGCCUCAAGUGAUCUGCCCAUCUCGGCCUCCCAAAGUGCUGGAAUUACAGGCGUGAGCCACUGUGUCCAGCUAUUUCUUAAUAUUUUGGAGGUAGAGAGGAUUUUAGACCUCUCUGAGCAUCUAAGAAAAGGUUAUAUGUAUGGUUUUCUCUUCAGAAGAAUUUUAGGACUCACAACAUGGGACUUCAUUGAUACUGGGAAGGUCUUCUGGCAACUCCUAGUUAAAAAUUUUAUUCUAAUGGAGCAUACAUUGAUGGCUGAGUUAAUGUGUGGUUGAAAAAGAAAAGGGGGCAACUUGAAAUAUAUGCGGUAGAGUAAUCCAUGCAUACAAGUACCUAACAUGGUAGAUGAUAUUGCCUCCCACCCCUGCUUGGAAAGAAUACAAAAAGUGUACAUUCCUUUUUCUAUAAUUUAAGAAGUCUGGAAUACAGAGUGUAGCAUUGUGUACUGCUAGCACCCAAAGUAGAAAAUCAUAAGCAUUCAGUUUGUUUAGCCAGAGAAGAAAAUCAGAACAGCAAUUGCCUAUUGAGGUGAUUUUAAACUUCUUUAUUUAUAAAUAUUAAGUACCCUAAUAGGCUUAAACUAUGAUAGAGGUUUAAUACAGGAAAAAUUGACAGUUAUUAUAAAUUAUGGAUCCAGUUAUUUGCUUGUUGAAUUUGUAAAGAGAUAAAAUUAGCUUUGGUUGAGAUAGCAAGUAUGGCAGGUAUUUGAGAAGGCUAUAAAUCAUAAAUUUUCAUUUAGUUAAAAUAUGGACCUGAUUCUGGGAAACCCUAUCAUUCCAUCUCAGUGUUUUACAGUAAAAUAAAAACUAAAGUGAAAUUCA